ACGUGCAGGGCCAACGCGCUAGUGAAAUUAUUUAAAGAAAGUUGGAAAUUUAAAUUUUACAGUUCGCUUUUAUUCCGCUUGGUAAACAUCGCUAUCUAGUGGAGAAAUCCGACAAUCGCACCUGUUUUACCACUCUUACCUGGCUCGCAGGUGAGUGGGGAGAUUCUCGGUUGCAUUACGUCACGUGACAGUGAGUUUUAACAUAAAAAAACUAGUAUAACCGCACCUUCCGUCCUCCCUCAACGUCCUCGUAGAAAAAAAAUGCAUAAUAAACGGUCUUUUCGUUAUUAAUAAACGGAAUUUAUUUAAUUACUCAUAUAGUUUCAAAAUCGAUUUUUGUUUGUAAUAUGACGAAACGAAAUUAACGCUGCGAAGAAUGCAAGUAUUUCGAAACGAAAUUACGAGGCAUCGUUUGUGUUCAAAUAUCUGUGAUUCGUUAAAAGACUAAUAUUUUUAUAAUAAAAAGUGACAUGGUAGUGAUUCAAUAUGUGUGAUUUUAAAAGGACUUCCUUGUCCUUAUUAGCUUUGUUGUCUAUCGUAAAAUUCGUUUACUUACAAGAAAGUAACGAAGAAUCUGGUGACAGUUCUGGGAAAACUUUAACCGAGCAUUCAGGCGGGACGAUAUUUAAUAAAUUCACUUUUUCUAAAUCGCUAAGUCCGUAUAGGUUAAGAAAUGAUAUCAUAGUUGAUUAUCAAGCUGAAUUAGUGAUUGAACCUGGUGUUACGAUAAAAGUUGAUCCUCAAGUUGGGAUUACAGUUCGAGGAAUCUUAACAGCAGAGGGAACUGAAAGCGAACGUAUUACGUUAACAACAACUGACGAAAACACCUCGAAGAAUAUUAAUUAUGGCGACAUCCGGUUGGUUGAUGGUCCUUCUAUUUUGGCGGGACGUGUCCAAGUUAAACACAACGGACAUUGGAGAAGUGUUUGUACGAAUUCCAGAAAUUGGACCAGUUUCGAUAUGGCCACAGCUUGCCGACAGCUUGGAUUCCAAGGUGGAGUGUUUCACAGCUGGUACAACCGCCAGAUGCCUUUGAAACCCCGUAUUUUAUUAGAAGAACCAAAAUGCACAGGUACCGAGAAUUCGAUAUUCGAUUGCCAAUGGCAAAAGAGACAAAUGGGUUCUGGUGUAUGCGAUUACCACCCGGAUCUCGGUAUAGAAUGUCUACCGUACCAUGAUACACCAUUACCAUUCUGGAGAGGUAUCAAAUUCGAAAACGCAAUCAACGAAAAGAAAUUAACUUUAUACAACACUUUGUAUGUACCUACUUCAUUAUCGAAGUUGAAAUACGUUAAUAUUUACUACGCAGGCGCCGGUAGGGAUCAAAAUGCAACCAGCGCUUUACAAAUAACAGGCGUACCACCUGUAAUGGAUUACGUAGAAAUUAUAAAUUCAGCUUACAACGGGUUAAACGUUACCAAUCCAGAAGCCCCGAUAACAAUCAACAAUUGCAAAAUACGAAACAACAGAGGCUACGGAAUUUUCAUCAACUCUAGUUACGGUUUAGCACACAUAGAUGGAUGUGUUAUCACCGCAAAUGGUGGAGACGGUAUCAGAUUCGUAAGAUCCGAAGAACGACCCGACGAAAAAGCCGAUAGAAAAGGCUACAAAGAUUUCUGUCAACUAGCUUUAGCUUCAAGUCAAACCUUUCCAAUACAACUUUACGCUCAACAAACUAUUUUUAUAACGAAAGAAAUCGUUUGCGAAAAAACCUUCAAAACUCGUUACGGCCACGUAUUAACCUUACAUUUCAUACGAGCAGUAACCGAUAGAAACGAUACCGCUUCUUUGGAAAUCUACGACGGUUCUAAUUUAAAUAACAGAAUCAUUAAUUCAUUCCCGAUAAGGAAUAAUACGAGACCUCAAGCUGUAACUAGUAUCGGCAAUCAAAUGUAUAUUAAAUUUAGAGCGAAUCCCAUGACAGAUAUGGUGAUAUUUUUGAGAAUAACAUCCGGUUUGAAAAAAUCGUUCGAUUUGAAUGUUAGUAAUUCGGAUGUAUCGGAAAAUAUUGGAAGAGGCAUAAUAAUCGAUAAUUUGAGAUCGCAGAUACACGUCCACAAAAGUUCGGUGUCAAAAAACGAACACGUAGCAGGUAUACAAGUUACGAGUGGAGUAGGAGAUGUUAAUAUAACAGAAACCCGCGUAUCUUUCAACGACGGUGACGGUAUUAAUAUAACUUACACCGGAGGUAGUAGAAAUAUUUCCAGAUGUUCUAUUAGUUCGAAUCGAGGAUACGGCGUAGCUAUUUGGUUGAACGAUACCAAAGAAACUGAGUAUAUUGUGGUAAAUCAAACGAGCGUAGUACAAUAUUCUGAAAUAUAUAAAAAUUUGGACGUAGGGGUUUUACAUGGAAACUACUGCGGACGAGCUUUAUUCAAUUUUACUGAAAAUUCUUUUAAAAAUUGUUUAAACGACGCUUUGGAGAUAAUUUCGUGUUUAAAACCAACAAAUACUUUAACUAAAUUACAAAUAGGUCAUAAUAGAUUUUACGGAAACGAAAAAUUGUCGUUAAAAAUUUACCCCGCUGUUAAUUUAAACGCUGUUGUUGAAUACAACCAUUUCAGACAAGGUACUUUUGGAGGUAUGCUCAUCAAAACUAAACCUUUAGAAGAAUAUUCCCUUUUAAAAAGUAAUAUCCUCGUACAACAAAAUUAUUUUCUCAACAACACCGGUACGUUCGUCGUGAAUUUAGCUCUAUCUCCUUACUCCGAAAAUCAAUAUUUACUUUUUACAAGAAAUUUCGUGAAAGGGAAUAAAAUAUCAGAACCUUUCCAAAUGGAAGACGGUACCAAUUUGUAUCCGAGAAGUAGAGUAGCAGCUCCAGUGGUAAUCGGUUCAAAUAACGUAGAAGUUUUUAGAAACAUCAUAGAAAACCCGGAUUCUAAAUACGAAAUCGGAAGUCAUUUAGAAGAUCAAAGCAAAACUAUCAACUGCACUUUUAAUUGGUUGGGAUACGGUAACGACGAAAAGAUUUUCCACAGGAUUUUCCAUAGAUACGAUAGAUAUAAUCUAGCUAGGAUCGUUUUUAUACCUUUUCUUUUACAUAAUACGAAUCCUCUUACUACUAGGAUCAACGCUAAUCAAUUUUACGUACCGAAAUUUCUAGCAGACGGAUCUGAUAAACUAGGUGGUGAAAUAGAAGGCGAAGAGAUUAUAACUAGAGGAGAAUUCGUUGUAGUUAGGGAUAUUAGUAUAAGACCUGGUGGAAAACUUACCAUAGAACCAGGAGUGACCUUGAGAUUCCCCCCGUCUAUAGGUAUGAUGAUAGGAGGUCGUUUGGAGGCUAAAGGUAUAGAACCGGAUAGUAUCAAAUUUACCAUAAAAGAAGAAAUUCUUCACGCUCCUGAUAAUGUUACUUACGACGUUAAUACGGAAAAUUUGGAAACGCAAGCGGAAGUUUUCGAAAUCGAACCUAAAGUACCAAUUAGACUUCUUGGAGGUAAUACGGAAACCGAAGGGCGACUUCAAAUUAAAGUUAAUAACCAAUGGGGAACCGUUUGUAACUACGGUUGGACGAUAAAGAACGCUGCGUUGGUAUGUCACCAAUUGGGAUAUGUACUUAACCCAGAUGAUUGGUACUUGGAAAGGAACGAAAUCCCUUCGGCUGGUAACACCGAAAAAGUGGUUCUCUCCAAUAUCCAAUGCGACGAUUUCGAUUUGGACAUUUUGAAAUGCAAAUCCGAACAAUUGAACGAUUUCGAAAAUUCCUGCGGUCACGAGAACGACGUCGGAGUGAGAUGCUACAAAACUUCAUGGGCCGGAUUGAGGUUCAGUUCUUUAGCCGAAAGAACCGAUCUACAAUUCGUUACAAUCGAAAAAUCCGGACUGUUAGAUUACGCUACAAACUCGUUCAAACCGGCGGCACAAUUAGAUUUCGCCCGACAGAAUUUCGAAAAUUUGAAAAUUAUUAAUAACGAUUACCACGGUUUGGGUAUCGUUUAUUCGGAUAUAUUUUCAGAAUCGGUUAAUAUUAUUAAAAAUUCCGAGUUUUCUAAUAACAGAGGUGCGGGGAUUAAUCUUAAACAACUCGGUUUGAAUUUAUACAACAGCAAGAUAGAAAAUAACUUCGUUGGUAUUGAACGUAAUUCUAUACUGACAGGACUUCAACAGAGAGAAAUUGCAGGUUGGUUCAUCAAGAACGACGACGAGAAUUAUUACAACCCAAUUAAGAUACCGGAAUAUUCAGAUGACGAUGUUAUAGAUUUACAAUUAGGAGAAACCGAAUAUUUUGUCACUACGAAAAUCAUCGGUGACGGUAUUUCUCGUUUAUAUAAAAUCAGGUGCAAUCCUGGUUGGGUCCUCGGUAUACAGUUAAUAAAUCCUAUCGAAAAUCGAAGUACUGAAAAUAUUAUAAUCCACGAUGGGCUUACUACAACUACGAAUGGUCAAUAUUACAAUUUAAGAAGGGAUUUGACCGUUUUUCCUAUGACUUCCAGUAGCCACGGCGUAGUACUAGAUUAUACUAGCGGUUCCAACGCUUUUGGUGGUACCGUUUUAAUUAUAAAUACCGUAAAAGCGCCCAUACAAAAUAUCUAUAAUAGGAUAGUAAAAGGACCAGUACCUACUUUAACUGUAAGCAGGAGUACUAUAAGAAACAACAUGUUCGGUGUACACGCUUCUUAUUAUAACCGUUAUUUGGACGAAUUGGGAAAUCAUUUUCUAAGAAAAGCGAAUGAAAGUAUGAAAUUUUUUAAUUGCGAUAUUACUAAAAACGUACACGAAGCGGUUUUCGUUCAUUCGCCUUAUUGGGAUUUACAUAAUAGCAACGUUUCCGAAACGACCGUAAUGUUUAAUAAAAGUUUAAUUACCAGCAACGGCAAAGGACUUUUCCACUUUUCCAGGGAUAUGAGAUACUCAAACAAUUUGUUCCAUUAUGUGUUUCAAGAUAAUACGAUUGAUAGCAACGAAGGAGGUGGUCUGGACCUAUCUUUACCAUAUGUCUGGCAAUACAACGAAAAUUUCACGCAUUCCGUGUACAUGGACAACAAUACUUGGAUAAAUAAUAAAAAAUUCAGUAUAACCAUCGACGGACAUUUUGCGGUUAUAAAUAUUACCAACAACGUUUUCAAAGACAACCAAUGUCAAACUGGUCUAAUCGCUUUAAAAGGAAUGGAAAAGAAGCUGAAAAUAGUUAAUAACAAAUUCGAAAGCAACAACGGACAGUACGUCGUAAAAUUCAGUUCCAACAGCCAAUCGGAAAUAAUCGGAGACGUACCCGCAGUUUUCAUGUAUAACGAACUAAGAAACAACAAACGUUUCAUAAAGGGCCGUAGCGGAAUCUUACAACCGAGCAUAGACCCAACGUGCGUAGUAGGUUUUAGCGGCAUACAAAAAGUUAAAGUGAACAGAAAUUUAUUUUCCGAUAAUUUUCUCGAUUAUCAAUUAUUAGCUGGUAUAAAAACUGCUAAAAUCGAUAAUUAUCUCGACGUAGCUGAAAAUUGGUGGGGUACCGAUGAUGAAAAUGAAAUCAAGAGAAAAAUUUUCGAUUUCGACGAUUGGAACGACCACGCCAUCGCCAAAUAUCAACCGUAUCUGUUGGAGGAUAACUUCCAAGCCAGCUACUCCGUUUCCUUCAAAACAAACACUACGAUAGAUUUAGAUUCCUUAGGAGGAAGGAUAUACGAAGAUUUACGAUUGACGAAUAGGGAGAGACCUUACACAGUAAAAUCAGAUAUCACAGUCAUGCCUAACGUCACUCUUACUAUAUCACCCGGGGUGAUUAUAGAAUUUGCACCAAAUAUAGGGAUACUCGUUUUGGGGGCGCUGAAAGCGAACGGAUACCCAGGGAGUGAAAUUUUGAUGAGACCGAUCACUAAAGCUGGUAAUCUUAGACAAGCUGGAAACGGAGAAAAACUCAGAGAUAAACGCGCAAUUGAAGAAUUUUACGGACAAAGCGGAAUUAGGUUAUGUAAAAGUAGUAGCUGCGUAGAAAGUGACGAAACCCCGACGAACGAAGGAUUCUUGGAAUAUUUCAACGGCACCACCUUACAAUGGAUCCCGAUGUGCGAUUCUAGGUUCACGGAAAGAAACGCUCAAGUCGUAUGCCGCGAAUUAGGUUUCGAUCCUUUAAACGCGUUUUUCGAUUUCGGCGAACGAAUCGAUUUUCACAGUAAUUCGUUAUCGAGAAUCUGGACGUGGCCGGAACCUUUACAAUGCAAAGGUACGGAAAAUAAAUACGAGGAUUGUCCGAUUAGAUUGAAUGGACAACAAUUCGGACAUAGACAUAAAUGUGAAUGGAAUUCGAAAUUCGUUUUCAUUCAUUGCGAUACAAACGAAAGGAUACCGAAUUAUUGGGGUGGAAUCAGAUUUGCAGACGCGGAAUUCGAACGAACAACUUAUAAUAAUAGAAUCCACGAUAUCCGAUCGCAUUCUUCUGUACAAUUUGCCGAAUCGGUUUUGGAAUACGUGAAAAUUCAAAAAGCUGGGAUUUUACAUAACGAAAAAUCUUCCGCUAUCCAAUCUGUUAUAAGAAGUCCUAAAAUUAAUUAUAUCGAUGUAGAAGAUUCAGCUGCUCAUGGUAUAGAUUUGAUUUCUCCUUCGAAUACGAUGAUUCUCCUCCAAAAUACGAUACAGAACUCAUUGGGGGUGGGUUUGAAUAUAAUUUCCUUAUCGGGAGAGGGAAGAGAUUCGGAGCAAUCUAGUUUUACGCCUUUAAGAGACCUCCAUGUGCCUUACAACCUCUUCAGUCUUAUAGAUAUAUGCGAUACUCACAAGGAAAUUCGAGUACAAGAAAGAGUUUUAGUUUAUUAUAAAUACGACAAUUAUCCUGUGAAUUGCAUUAAAAUAUUCCGGAGCGUUUACGAUUUUAAACCUCUAGGAUUGAGGUUAUUGCAAUUUGAUUUAUUCAAUUCUUCUGUUAAGUAUGGUAUACCUGAUUCUUUGGAAAUUUACAAUGGUGAUAUAUACAAUAUUUCUUCCACGGUCAUCGAUACGGUGACGAUGACUUCUAAAAAUCAUAAAAGAUUAUUCAAGUCCACAUUGCCAAGUUUGAGCGUUAAAUUAUUUGCUAAUGGAGCUUCUUCUAUUCAUGGAUUCAUAGCUGAAGUAAUUACGUUGCCGAUUUCUGCAAUUGGAUUUAAUCGUGACGCUAGACACAACAUCACAAGAUCUGUUAUUAAGAACAAUGGUGAAAGUGGUCUUCUAUAUAUGGCUUCCGGAGAGGUUAAUCCAAUAUUAACUCUAGAAAAGAAUCAGUUCAAAGGAAACUGCAGAAAAUUAUACGGAAAUUUCACGACGUGUAAAUCUGGAUUACAGAUAGACGUGCAGAACACUGAGACUCUCUAUUUCAGAAGCAACCUAGUCGAAGAAAAUCAAGGUGGUUUAUAUAUAAAAGCGGAUUCGAACGGUUUCGCGACUUCUCUUAGAGGCUACAUCCACAAUAACCUAUUUGUCAACAAUACGAAUCUUCCUACUUUAUACGUCGAAGGUAAAUCGACUUCAUACCAAGCGGUGACCAUAUAUAGAAAUUAUUUCAGUAGAAACCGAGCACAGUAUCAUAAUAAUAUUGUACUGAAAGAAGUGGUAUCGAACUUCACUUAUAAUUAUUUGAAACGGAAUACCGGACUUCAAAAUUUAGAAAUAUCCGGAUUCGAUGGGGGUAGUUUGAAUACUUAUCAAAGUACAAGUCAUAACGGAUUUUACAAUAAUUUUGCUGUACAACGAGACAGUAGAUCGACUAUAGUAGCAGGUACUGCAGGCCAACAUUACGUAGACAAUAUCUUCUUCGAUCCGGACAAUGAUUACGAAAUAAUUGCAGUGAAUAGAUCGUUAUUUGAAUUGAACAGUUCAAUUCCAAUGUGGGACGUUAGAAUAAACGCAGCAAAUAAUUAUUGGGGUUUCAAUACAACAUUAGCGGUAAGAGGACGAAUUAAGGAUCAAAGCGACGAUCCGAGAUUACUGGAAGUAAUUUUCGAACCGUUUUAUAUGAAUAAUCGUACGAUUCUCGAUGGAAAAUGUCCUCCUGGAUGGGAACUGGUUGGAGAAACGUGUUAUAUGUACAUAGGUGCCCUGAUGACCUUUUGGGAAGCUAAAGCUUUCUGCCAGGAAGACAAUGCCUCAAUGCCCUAUUUGCUAGGGAAUAUAAACUACCUUCCGCUCUACAAUUUCCUGCGACGACAAGACGAAUGGUAUUAUUAUUCUGAGAAAGUUUGGGUACAACAUAUCGACAGAAUCAACGAAUGUACCAUAUUUGCUUACCAAACUGUUGAAAUUGAAGAUUGCGAAAAGAAGAGUCCUUUUAUUUGUGAAAUUGAUCCAAAAGUUCAGAUCAGAAUCCUUCCGCUAGCUGACGAUAUGAUAACUAUAUCUGUGAUAAGUAGUUUAGUUCUAGCAGUUAUUUUAAUAAUAAUCGUCGUUGCAUGUUGGUGGACGAAAUCAAAGGUAAGGAAAGCCCAAAGAUUGGAAAGAAGAAACAGUAUCAGGCAAAGUUUACAUUCGCUUCGAUCCAUCGGAUUGUCGCAGAGCAGUUUCGCUGAUCCCGGAUAUAGACGUAAAGCAAAUCAACAAAGUACUCGAUCGACGGAUACUCUUACAAAGAAAAUGAUUACGAACGGAUCAAUCGACAGCAUUGAAAAAUCAAAUUAUAGUUCAUCUAUAGAUGAUAAUCAAUCGUACGACGUGUACGAAUCUCAUAAUCCGAAUCCAACUUCGUUUUCGUUUUCCCCGACAAUUGAAUACCACAAAUCGCCGGCUCGCUUCGAGAAUCAAUACGCGAAACCAACUUUCGAUUUAUCGUUUAGAAACGAAGGAUUCCGAGACAAUUCAACGUUUGCUUCGAAUUCGAACUACCAAUCGAGAGCUGAAAGUGUUCAAGAUGAUUCUACCGAAGAAAGUCCUAUUAUGGAUAAAUCCAGUGACGUAACCUCCUAUCCUCCAAGUCAGUACUACAACACGGACACCCUACCGUUACAUAAUAAAUCUGAUUCGACGUUGGAUAUGAAACGGGGUAUCGAGGACGCUAACAAACCCUACGAUUACGGUUUGAUAGAAGAAUUGAAAAAUAAAUUUCCUCAAAAGAAACCGGCUACUCCGCCGAGAAAAUAUUCCCCUACUUAUUCGGAAAAACUCGAUAAUAUGACAUAUUCUCCGGAUUUUGAGGGAAACGUUCCCCCCAUGCCGAAAACUAGAGCUAAAAGUGAAGUUUUAUUGGAAACUAAUUUCGAUUAUACGCCGCCAGGUGGCAGUCCUCAAUUCAACCAACCUAUCACUGACGCAAGUCGAAGUAGAAGUCAACCGCUAGAAACAGCGAUGUGAUUAAAUAAAAUUGUUAAUUAUUCACAAAAUGACUUUAUUCUAUCGAAAAUAGUUCCGGUAUGAGUAAUUUCAGUUAGAUAAGGAAAUUUACAACAGGUAAUAUCGAUUUGAAUAAAAUUGUGUCUUAGUGUAAAAGUGCCUUUAAAUUAGGAUAAUUAGUGAAGUUUCUGAUACGUUUUUGAUAAGUAGAUGUUCGCCAACUAUUAACCCCUUGUAUGGGGUAUCGUAUACACUGCGACCCAAAAGAUCUAUUGCAUCCCCAUUUCUUGCUGCUGAUAAUGGGGAACCCAGUGUUUCCAGCUGUUCCUUCAAUUCCACUCCUUCUAGAAUGUGGAAUGACUUUAAUUGCCAGAGAUCUUCGUCUUCUAUUUCAUACGCUCCCAGGUAUAGUGUUCAGGAGUUCCUCGAGAGAAUGUGACUAGAGGUUAGUCCUCUGGGCAACAAAAUCUGCACGACGCAUUAUUUGCUAGGUUUAGCCGUCUUCAAGCGUUUGUUGAGGCGAGAUUGCCCCGAUAGAACAUUCAACAGAUUUACUCUGGUUAUAGUAUCUCAGAAGAGUCUUUACCUGUCUCAGUCCCUGUAGGGUAUCCAAUUAAUUGGUCUACCUUCUUUUCCAGCGAUUUUUCCAUUGUCCUCUAACUGACACCACAGAAGGUUUCAUAUUCCGUGAAGGGCUUGUCUGCCAACUUCUUAGUUUGAUUGAGUUUGAUUUAUUGAACACUGUUGAUAGAUAAUAUAUUUUUUUUUGGUUCAACUUAAAUAACAUAACUUCUAGAUCCAAAAUCACGACCCAAAGGAUAUAUUGGGUCCCCCUUUCUUGCUGCGAUAUUGGGGAACCCAGUGUUUUCAGCUGAUCCAUGAAUUUGGGAUGGCUUUAAUUACCAGGGAUCUUCGUCUUCUAGUCCAAGCGCUCCCAGGUGUAGUGCUCUGGAGUUCCUCGAGAUAAUGUGGCUGGAGGAUUCGUCCUCUAUGCAACAAAACCUCCACGCUGCAUUAUCUGCUAAGUCCAGCGCCUUUAGGUGUUUGUUGAGACAACAGUACCCCCAUAGAACUCCUGUUAGUAUUCGUAGAUUGUUCUUACUGAGGUUGGUACAUUCAGCGGAUGAGGGUUCUUAUCACUGCCAACUUCUUAGUUUAAUUCCUUGAUUUCUUGAGGUUAUGAGUUUGGUUUAAUGCUAAAAUUUAUUUUAGUUUUAAUUUGGGCGGCACAAACCAAGCUUGAAUUGUGAUAAAAAGUGGAAAGUCACAUUUUUAAAGUGAAUAUUGAAAUAGUUUGGUGGUGCAGUGUUAUCCUAGUCGUUGUGAAACUACCAGGGGUGUAGUUGGCACUAGAUGAACACUGUAUCAUUGUUAGGAAACGCUCUAAAGGUAGAGUUAUUUACAAAGAAACCAAAACACUGUUGUUAGAUAACAUUCGAGGAGUCCAUAAGUAUUUUUCUUUGAAUUUUUUUAUAUUGAAAGAUGGGCUCUCUUGGACUCCAAUAAUAACUGGAAGCACACCAGAUCCGAUCCACUAAAUCAGCUAAGAAAUAAAUGUUUUAGCCAUUUAGCUCUUGGGCGGCUCAGUGGUGUAGUAAUUAGAGUGGUCGGUUAGGUUAGGUUUCAGACUAAAGUCGUAGGGUACGAGAAGACAAAACGCCUUAAAAUAUGCCCAGACAAUAUCCGUUAUAGUGACUUUUUGAUCACCAAACAUACCAAUGAGCGAGCUGCAUACUUUGGACUAUGGGCACAAGACUGUAAAUCACAGCCCUAGCGUCACAGGGGCUGUUAUUUUUUCAUGCUCUACUACACGAUAGCCUCUUAAAAAAAAAGAUCAAACGUCCAUUAUACAAAUUAUUAUUAUUACUAUUUAUAAAAUUUUGAUAUAUUCUAUACUUUAAUUAUUUUAAGAAUAGUUGAAUCAUUUUUCUCACGAAAUUCGAUGUAUGUCUGAUCUCGCGAUAAUAAGACAAUGCUGCCAACUCAUAUUAGGACCAUCAUCUUCGCAACCAUUCAUACAUCUUUACUCCCUUUGAAACUAUACGUUUGCUAAUUUUCAUUUAUUUGUCAUUCAAACGUGAUUGUAUGCUUAUAAUGCUUUAAGCCGUCAAGCAAAACACGCGUUUUUUUCAAAUUUACCUUAAGAUCUCUUGAACAAUUUGAUCAUUCUUAUCUUUAUCGUCAAAAUCAUCUUCGCAAACAUUCAUACAUCUUUUUCCCCUUUGAAACUUUACUUUUUUGAUAAAAUCUCAAAGUUAAGGCUUCAUUAAGAACCAUGGUUAAUGGAGUAUGGGGUUUUCUAGACGCACUUAAUGGAUCUAAACAUUUAAAUCUUCCCACUAUUUUCAGUUAUACAGAGAGAUGCCUUAAUAUUAUUACGUAUAUUGGAUAGACCAAUCGAACGUUAAUUGGGGUGUUUAGUUUUUAAUUUUUUUAAUGUGAUUAUUGACAAGCAUCGUAUUUUCGUGAAAAUUACUUUAUAUAAGUGACCAUUGAACAUUUUGUUAUAUUUUUUUUAGAACUGUAUAUAUUUUUGUUACUAUGUAGACUGUACAAUCGGGUCUUGUAUUGUUUUUUGGAAUUUUGUAAAUAUUUUGUAAGCAGAUCUCAAAUAAUGUAAAAUAAAUAUUUUCUACGAA